AAAGUCUUUUGCUUGACCCAUCCAAAUUUUACAGAUAAAAAGUUGAAAAACUAGAAUUGAGAAGGGAGAGGACCACAUAAAAAUUCUUCUGGAUUUCCUUGAAAUUUUGCCAUUCCCAAUAAUCAGAAAAGAGGUGUUAGCAUCUCCUUGUCUUACUCCAUUCACCACUCAAUCCCUGCCUUCGUCUCCAACCAUGGAAGUUGCAGUACCAGUAACUUCAAUAUCCAAGGCUUUUAAUUUUAAUGUCCUUGCAACUUCUGUCGACCAAAGACCAGCUAACCCCAUCGCCUUGAUACCAAUAUGGUCUACCAAAAAGCUCAGCUUGCUUACGAUUUGUGCUUCAAAUUCUAUCUCAGGAGACAACACUCACACUCAUCUUUUCCUUACUCGCUGCUCCACAAAACCGGGUACCAACACUGACAAUGGAAGAGGCCAAGAUUCCAGUACUGGCUCCAAUCCUAGUCUAAAACUAGAGAACCCAUCAACGCCUGUUUCGAACAAUUCACUGGCCUCUUCUGUUUCAUCACCAUCAUCAUCCAGAGGAUUGGUGUUGGAUUUGGGUACCAUUGAAUGGUGGGAUUGCAACGAAAUUGGGUCACCAGUGGUGAGACGGUUCCUCAGCGAUGAGGAAGAGAGAUGGUACAUGUGGUACCAUGGAAAUUCUAGUAAAAAACCAGAGGCUGAUUGUAUAGGAUUAGCUGUUUCCAAAAAUGGUAUACACUGGGAGAGAGGGACAGGACCUGUUAUAUCAAGUGGAGAUGUGGGUAUUGUGAUGAAUUGCAGUCAAGAUUGGUGGGCAUUUGAUACUAUGAGCAUUAGACCUAGCCAGGUGCUUAUUAUGUCAAGCAAUAGAGUGAAAGCCUCAAGUGCUGUGUACUGGCUUUAUUAUUCUGGUUUCAGUUCUGAAAAGGUGGAUUUUGUAGAUGAUGAUUCUUUGGAGUUCAAUUUAGAGAACCCAGAAAGGUUUUGCUUAGAAAACAACAGUCAUGGCAAUGGAAAAAUCUUCAAGUCCUUGCCUGGUUUGGCAAUGAGUCAGGAUGGAAGACAUUGGGCUAGAAUUGAAGGAGAUCAUCACAGUGGAGCUCUGUUUGAUGUGGGUACUGAGAGAGAAUGGGAUUCUCUGUUUAUUGCUAGUCCACAAGUUGUUUUUCACGGAAAUGGUGAUCUUAGGAUGUACUAUCACUCAUUUGACAUGGAAAAUGGGCACUUUGCUAUUGGGAUUGCAAGGUCAAGAGAUGGGAUUAAAUGGGUGAAAUUGGGGAAGAUAAUGGGUGGAGGAAAAAUUGGUUCUUUUGAUGAGUAUGGGGUAAUGAAUCCAAGUGUUGUUAAGAGCAAAAAAGGUGGGAAGUAUGUGAUGGCAUAUGAAGGUGUUGCUGCUGAUGGAAGGAGGAGUAUUGGAUUGGCAGUGUCGCCUGAUGGAUUAAAAGAUUGGAGGAGAUUUCAAGAUGAAGAAGUACUCAGGCCUUCUGAAAAAGAUGCGUGGGAUAGCAAGGGAAUUGGAUGUCCUUGUUUGGUGCAAAUGGAUGGGGACGAUGACGAGUGGAGGCUGUACUACAGAGGAAUUGGCAAUGGAGGAAGGACUGGGAUUGGAAUGGCAUUUUGCUUGGGAAAUGAUAUCAGUAGUUUUAGAAGAUGGACAGGUUUCCGAUUUUAGAUAACGCUAAGGUGUAAUGUCAUCUCCCUCAAUUGAUUUUUUUUUUUCAAAAGAGUUUUGCAUCUUAAUUUUAGAUUGGUUGCUCAAUUGGAAGAAGCAUCAUUUGAUUUACAAUCAUAAAUGAUAUACUGAUUUUUUUUCCUGGUCUGAUAUUAUAUUUAAUUAUAUUUUUGCUCA